AUGCACGACUGCCUUUUGGUCAUCGAAAUCUUUCGCGUCAUCUGCGAGCAGCUAGCGUCAUCUUCGACCGAGCAUCACGCAGCGCUAUCUGCAGUCGCGAGGACAUGUCGCGUCUUCAAAGAACCUGCACUUGACGCUCUGUGGGCUGAGCUCGAUAAGCUCGAGCCUUUGAUCAGAUGUCUUCCAGAGGCGUUGUGGCGUUGGGAGUUACCAGACUCCCCCGACCGAUGCCUUGUCAUUCGUCGUCCACUGCGGGCAUCUGACUGGGACCUCUUCCGGUACUACUCUAAUCGAGUCCGAGUUCUUACCCAUGAGCAUGCCUCCGACCGCAUUGCACCAAACACUCUCGCCCUACUCGGCUUCCCUAAUCGCACCGCCCCCUUAUUCCCCAACUUACACCGUGUAUGCUGGACAGACAAUCGAAGUGAAGCAUAUCCUUUCCUGGAUGUCGUCUGCGGCUCUCAUCUGAAAGAGUUGUCCAUGAACCUUCCCGAAAUUGAUACUUACAGCGAUGCUGAUUCCAUGAUCGCGCGCUCUUUCUUGCAUUCGAUUGUCGGCCGCUGCGCAACGCUCAAAAGCCUAGAGAUCCGGGAAGAGGAUGUCAACCCUGACUAUGAGGAUGCCAUCUCGGAAGUCGUUUCGAGCCUUCCUAAGCUGGAGGUCCUCAACUGCGGACUUCUCGAGUAUGGCGCGAUAGCUCACCUCGAUCAGUUGGAGAGCCUGCGCGAGCUGUCUUUCACCGUCUCUCCGAAAUACAGCUAUCAGGAUCUUCACCAUCCUUUCUUGUUCGGACGCCUCUCCUAUCUCGGCCUCGCCUCGGCUGAUAGCCUUGGAAUCAUUUUACCUCUGCUCCAGUACAUCCCUCGUCUCCCGCCAUUCUUCAUCUUCUCCGCCCUCCGCUCCACCUAG